UGGCAUCUCUCUUGGAAGCUGGGCUAAAUUUACUAAUUAACAAUGUAUUUGUUUGAAUAAUUAACCAUUAAUCAGAAUGUUUUCUUUCUAUUCAAGUUAUUUAUUGACAAGAGCUCUAGCUGAUCCUUUAUUUUGGUAAUCUGAUCAGUCCAUUUCCUUUUUAGAUUUCUUUUCAAGCUUGCCUGACCUGGGAGACAAGAGCAGAUUGGAAAGUACUUAAAAAAACUUCUGCAUAUGUUAGAGGGUUAAGGUGCAGUGGUCACUGUUAGUGAGGUCAUAUACCUUUCUUCUCAUUUUGCAAAACAGCAGAAAAGUAAUCAAAGACCCAGUUGUACAGGUGGUUACUGAGUUUGCUGCUGUGGAAUGUUUUUAACAAUGACAGGGGUUGUACUUCGGAGUGCUCUCCUGAAUCGGUUGACAAGCUGUGGUCUCCUGGCUCAGGUCAAACGGAGCUCUAGUCCCCUUGAACAGCUGGGCUCUCAGUACAGGUUGCUCAGCCACAGCAUGUCAGCCUAUGCUGAACUCACAGUGCCUCCACCGCCAACCCUCUUUCAACCUCUAAUUGUUCCCAGAAAACUCCUGCUGGGACCAGGACCGUCUAAUAUCUCUGCUCGGGUCCAGGAGGCAGGGGGCAAGCAGGUGAUUGGACACAUGCAUACAGAGAUGUUUCAGAUCAUGGACGAAGUUAAGGCUGGGAUACAGUACGCCUUUCAAACCACAAACAACCUGACUCUAGCAAUCAGUGGCUCCGGGCAUGCAGCUAUGGAAGCAGCCUUAGCUAAUGCAGUAGAGCCAGGAGAUGUGGUGCUGAUUGGAAUUCAUGGUGUGUGGGGUGAAAGGGCAGCAGACAUUGCUGAGAGAAUUGGUGGAGAUGUUAGGAGAUUUGUAAAACCUCCAGGGGAAAGUUUCAACUUGCAAGAAAUUGAACAGGCUCUGGUACAGCAUAAGCCUGUUCUGUUUUUCAUCACACAUGGAGAGUCCUCCUCAGGUGUGGUUCAGCAGAUGGAUGGGAUAGGACCUCUCUGUCACAAGCAUAAUUGUUUGUUGCUGGUUGACUCUGUUGCCUCUUUAGGUGGGGCCCCUCUCUACAUGGAUAAGCAGGGUAUUGACAUCCUUUACUCUGGAUCCCAGAAAGUCCUCAACUGUCCCCCUGGAACAGCACCAAUCUCCUUUAAUGACAAAGCCUGCCAGAAAAUAUUUAAUCGGAAGAAGAAACCUACUUCUCUGUAUCUCGACAUGAGUUGGCUCUCAAACUUCUGGGGCUGUGAUGGGAGUCCAAGAAAAUACCAUCAUACAAGCCCCAUCACCUGUCUUUUUGCAUUGAGAGAGGCACUUGCAAUUCUUGCAGAAGAGGGCCUUGAGAAACAUUGGAAACUUCACCAGGAGAAUGCUGAGUACUUGCACAAAGGCCUCCAGGACAUCGGUUUGAAACUCUUUGUCAAAGACAAGGCUAUAAGACUUCCCACAGUCACAACAAUUGCGGUCCCAGACGGUUAUGAAUGGAAAGACAUUACUGACUUUAUAAUGAAGAACUACCAGAUCGAGAUCACUGGAGGACUGGGGCCCACUGUUGGCAUGGUUUUGCGGGUUGGAUUGAUGGGCAUCAAUAGUACAAAGGCUAAUGCAGAUCUUGUGCUCCAAGCUCUGAAGGAUGCCCUUCAGAACUGCAAAAGAAACUAAUGAGCUAAGGUCAGAGCAACUGAAUGGUUCCAGGACCUGUUAACCAGGCGACUGAAGAGAAAACUAAUCGCUGAUGUACAAGCAAUGACAAAACAAAACUUGGCUCCAAUUGCACCAAAGCCCAUCAAUGACUUUAGAGUUUUAUAUUGCUAACAGUUUGGUUCAUAGAGUCCAAGGUGUUCCUAAGCUACUAAUGAAGAGAAUCAAUGAAUCAAAUCUUUCUGAAUUUGGAGAAUAAUUUUUUGAAGUUGAAGGACUGGUAUGUUCACUGACAUCAUUAAACUUGAUUUAUUUUUGUCUUUGCAAAGCCAAACAGAAUGAAGAACUUAAUCACAUUUUCUCUUGCCUCAGUUUAAUGGCCUUCAGCGUUGGCCCCUGAUGGGUCUGGGUGUCAGAGAAAAAGGGUGCCAAGAUUGUCCCUAGGCUGUUACACAAUGACAUAAAUUGAAGGAGGGAAUUGUUCCAAAAGCUCCACCAUUCUAGUCAGGCCAGGGAGGUGUCUGUGGUUAUAGGAGUGAAGCAGGCGAGGGAACGUGGUCACGCUGAUAGCAGGAGAUAUUGUGAAGGUAACAGACUUCACUCUAUUCAAUACACUGUUGAGAAUUGUAUCAAUCCAAUAUGCUCAUUUACAAUAAUGGAACAGGUGAAAAUGUUUACUGAAUAAACACCAUUCUGCUCGUU